AUGAGGAAUGCGUCUCUAAUUAUCCCAAAGGGGAAGGAGGCCGCAACAAAAUAUAUACCACGUGACAUAAACAUGCGAACAUUUCGCACCGCAAACGACGACGACGACGAGAACGACAACCAUCUAUCCCACGCCAAAUCUCUGCCAUACCUCGCAGACAUGUCUUCCGCCAAAGCUGGAAAGAAGAGCCAACGCUCUGCCAUCUCCGACGUUGUCUCGCGGGAGUACACCAUCCAUCUUCACAGAAGAGUCCAUGGUGUUUCCUUCAAGAAGCGGGCACCCAGAGCUAUCAAGGAGAUCCGCGCCUUCACUGAGAAAGCUAUGGGUACCAAAGACGUCCGUCUCGACCCCCAGCUGAACAAGAAGGUCUGGGAAGCCGGCAUCAAGGGCGUACCCUUCCGCCUGCGCGUGCGCAUCAGCCGCAAGCGUAACGACGAGGAGGGUGCUAAGGAGAAGCUGUACUCGUUCGUCCAGGCUGUGAAUGUGAAGAAUGCGAAAGGUCUGCAGACUUCCGUGAUUGAGGAUGCUUAG